UUGCCCGACUUCUGUACCCGGCCCAUCAAUUGGACACAGUACCUUUCCCUUCCAUAUCACCAUUUUCACACAGAUCAAACACGAAGUCUAUACAGUAUACACUAGUCUUCAGUAACACGCCAAGCUAAGAGCGUUUCGAGUUUACAACCCUCCAUUUUUGCUUAAACCUUAGUUCCUCCAGGGGAAAAGGAGAAGAAGUUAUGGAUAUCCCAGUCCAGCAGAAGAAGCUUUCACUUGAUAUUAAGGGAAAUAAAACAGAUAUAGUCAUAUGUGCCUAUGAUGACCAUUUUCUGGUUAUAGCUACUCAAAUAGGAAGCAUGGGUACAAUAUUACAUGCCAGGAAGGAGGAAGGGGUUUCGAUCCAUCCAACCUUUAGUGUUUCUGUAUUACUGGGUAAACGCGAUGAGCCCAUGCUAGUUGCAUGUGCUAGGCAGAUUAUUGAACACAUAAGUAACGCAGGGUCUUCUAGGUCUUUGGUUUUAUCUCUAGGUCUACGCGACCACUCUCUGCCUACUUUGAAGGGCAUUGUUUCGGCUGUCACUGAGAACUGCCUUUGGUGACCUGGACUGAGUCAAUUUUGGAUUCCUCAUAUUUGUUAUAGCCACAAUAGAGAACGUUAACGAUUAUCUCAGGCUGUGUAAGAGCUUGUGCUUAUGCUUAUUCCACAUUGAUGUAUUAACGUUCUAUUAUUAGAAAAGCAUUUCUUGUGCACCUGAGAACCGUGUAAUCAUUGCAUUGUUUUGGCGCACAAGGAGAUCGUGGUCUAA